GCCACCCUUUUUGUACAAAUGGCCAAGUUGAUCAAGCUCAGCUCCUACCUUUGCGUGGGUGGUAAGUUCCCAAAUCACGAUCUCCAGGCUCUCCUCCAGCACAACAAUGGCGAUCAAUCGUGGUCACUGCUGCUCAAGGACGACGACGAGAUCAUCGCCUUGGACGACGAGCUCGUCUACUACGCGUGCGAUUCAGAGACGCUGCUGCUCAGCCUGUACGAUUGGAAACUCCUCAGGAGAGUGAGCCCACCUUGCGGGUCCAUUAGAGUCGACGAGCGCGACGUUUCUAUCUCCAACAAUCUCGUCGACUUUCGGGGGCGCUACGUGACGGUAUCCGGGGUCCGGAUAGAGGGCAGUGAUGAGAACUCCAUUGCGGUAUGGGAGCUCGACCAAGGCAAGCGGCUGAUCAAGAGCCCGUGGGUGCUCUGGCUGUGCAUGCCGUGUAAUCUCCUGAAAGACUUUUUUGUAAAGGUCGAGCAGACUGCGUCUGUAAGAGCUUACCAGUUUGAGGCGUCCUUCACCGGUCGGCUGAUUGGAGCCUCUCUCAAGGGACACCCAGAACUCGGGGGACUCGCUUAUGACACGAAGCUUGAUGUCUGGAGCCAUGUCCCCGAGAGUGCAUUUAGGAUCGCCGUUCCGCCACUGGUUUGCUUUCAGCCGGACUUUAGAGCUAUUCCUUGA